AUGUGGAAUUUUGUUACUAAGCCUCAUAUCCUGAUUCAUUCUGAGGGCUACUGUAUUUUCAGAUUCCAUACUAUAGCUCAUAGGGAUCAGGUUCUUCAAUCAGGGCCAUAUACGUACAGGAACAAACCUAUGAUACUAAAGCUUUCGGAAAUUGACUUUUCAUUUAAUAAGGACAUUUUAAGCACAAUUCCAGAUUGGGUGAGGUUUCCUAGACUGCCUGUGGGGUUUUGGUCAACUAAAGCCCUAAGAAAAAUGGCUAGUGUAGUGGGGAAUCCCUUGUACACAGACAAGUACACUGCUCACUAUGAGAAAAUAUCAUAUACUAGAGUGCUUGUGGAGGUAGAUGCUGCUUAUCCUCUGCCAGAGCAUAUACAGAUAGAAUCUCCUUAUAGCCCUAUGAUUCAAAUGAUUGAAUAUGACUGGAAGCCUUAUAACACUAAGUCUGAUGAAGAGCAGGAAUCUAAGGAAGAGGGCAGGCCAAGGAGACAGAGGAAAAGAACAAAGAAGCAAGGAAAAACUGUUAAGCAAGCAUGGCUUGUUAAAAAGGUUCAAGUGAACACAGAACCUAAUCCUCAGGAAAACUUAACAGUGCAAAAGGAGCAUACCCAUGGAAGAAAUAGCAUGGAAAAGGCCAGUGAAAUCAUAGAGAGUCCACAGCAGAAUGUUACUUUGCCUCAAACAAGUAAUGGAACAAAUCCAAGUGAAAUAAACUGCAGCAAUACUGUGAUGGAUGGUAAUAUGGAAAAGGGCAAGGCAAUUGUUGAUAUGAUGGAUAAAGGAAGAAGAGGACAACAGAUAGACAGGGCCACCAGGCCCCCUAAUGUUCAAAACCCAAUGAUCAUUGUAACUUGGAAUGUUAGGGGGCUAAACCAAGCCCAUAAGCAGAAAGAGGUAAAAAAUUUCCUAGCUACAAAUAAAAUAGAUGUUAUGGGUUGCAUAGAAACUAGAGUUAAGGAGCAUAAAGCUAAGAAAAUUCAAGGAAAGAUUGAAAAGGGCUGGAAUGUAUGCUGCAACUAUUCAAAUGCUGUGAAUGGGAGAAUUUGUAUCAUAUAUGCUCAAAAUGAUGGGAAUCAAAGGAAAAAGCUAUGGAGAGAUCUUAGAGGGCUAACUAUACCAAGUCAGGAGGCUUGGCUUCUUAGUGGAGACUUUAAUAAUGUUCUUAGCUCUGAGGAUAGAAUUGGUUCCCCUGUCACUGAUGCUGAAAUAAAGGAAUUUAAGGAUGUCAUUGAUGAUUUACAACUCACCCCUCUUAGUGCUAAAGGGUGGCAUUACACUUGGACAAAUAAGCAAGGUUCUGAUUCUAGGGUGUAUAGCAAGAUUGACUGGGCUUUGGGAAACUACCAAUGGAUCCAACAGCAGCUAAUGCAUCCAAAACCAUUCAGAUUGUACACAAACAUCAUGGAGCUUCCUCAAUUUCAGAACAUUAUGCAACAAGUAUGGAAACAGCACUAUGAAGGAGCACCUAUGCAGCAGAUAUGGAGUAAACUGAAAAACAUGAAGGAACAACUAAAGGAGGAAAGAGAGAAAUUGGAUAUUAUACAAACUCAGAUCAAGCAGAACCCUUUAUCACAGUCUCUUUUCAAUGAAGAGAAAAUAACACUAGCUGAAAUUGAGAAGUGGAGCAAUGUGGAGGAGCAAGUAAUGAGGCAGAAAUCCAAGGCCUGCUGGAUUGAAUGUGGAGAUGCUAACACAAAGUAUUUCCAUGCCCAGUAG